AUGUCGCCCCACACCUUGACGAGUUUUCUGUUGAUUGUUCUUUCUAUUUUUGUCCCUUUUAUUGUCGUCGGUAUUCGUAGAGGAUUUUGUAGUGCAGACUUUCUCAUCAAUAUCUGUCUUUGCGCUUUGGGUCUCCCUGGAAUAAUCCACGCCAUUUACAUUGUCUUAAAGUAUCCCUCCUAUCCUGUCUAUGACAUAGAACACGGUCAAUACUCUUCUAUUCAUGCUCCCGAAUCUACGGCGCAUCAGAGCAUUGCUUCUCAUUCUAAUUCCAACGUUCAUCCUCCUGCUUACUCUACGUUUGCCCCCAAUGAUAACAAAUAUCAGCACCAAUCCUAA